UUAGAGCAAUAGAGCAUUCUAUAUCAACUCUUCCAUUAUAUCACUCUUCAAAGUCAUAUACUUAUCCAAAGGCAACUUAUUAAGCUUAUAAUACCACACUUUAAUUCUAGCCAUCAUCUUUUCUCUUCCUAUAAAAAAAAAAAAAUGGUAGUGGCGACUCCAAAUACACUGAGGCGUGGUAACAAAAAACCCACACCUUUCGGGAUUCCAACAAUUGAUUUGUCUGAGGAGAAGUCCAAGGCGUCUGAGAUGAUAGUGAAAGCAUGCGAAGAUUACGGUUUUUUCAAGGUAACAAACCACGGUGUUCACAAGAAGGUAAUUGCAAGAAUGGAAAGGGAAGCCGUGGACUUCUUUUCACGUCCGGUUUCUCAGAAGCGACGUGCUGGACCUGCAACUCCGUUUGGAUAUGGUUGCAAAAAUAUUGGCUUCAAUGGCGAUAAAGGUGAUCUCGAGUAUAUUCUCUUGGAAGCCAAUCCUCUUUCGCUUUCUCAACGCUCCAAAACCAUCUCUAAAGACCCUUAUACCUUCAGCUGCGUGGCAAACGAUUACGUAAGUGCAGUUAAGAAUCUGGCUUGCGACAUUCUUGAAUUGGUGGCGGAAGGUUUAAGGAUCCAAGACAAGUCUAUUUUUAGCAAACUCAUAAGUGAUUCCCAGAAUGACUCUUGCUUCAGGAUCAAUCACUAUCCACCACUCACUGCACCUAAUCAUCAACAAGAAUUCAAUCAUAAUUGGGACCCAUCACCAGUAGAAGAAGAUCGACGACUCCACAUCUCUCCUCUCCCUACCGUUGGAUCAAAAUCAAGAAUUGGAUUUGGAGAGCAUACUGACCCUCAGAUAUUGACCAUCCUUCGAUCAAAUGACGUUAAUGGCCUUCAAAUCUGUUCCCAUGACGGUUUCUGGAUCCCCGUUCCUCCGGACCCCAAUGAGUUCUUUGUUUUCGUCGGGGACUCCUUUCAGGCUUUGACGAAUGGAAGAUUUACAAGCGUGAGGCAUAGGGUGGUGGCGAUGAAUUCAUGGAAGACGAGAAUGUCAAUGAUGUAUUUUGCGGCUCCUGCACUUGACGCUUGGAUAAGUGCUCCUCCUCAAAUCAAGAAUAAGAGUAUUAUCCCUACAAAUAAUAGUAAUAUCUACAGGCCUUUCACGUGGGGUCAGUUCAAACAGAUUGUAUAUUCCUUGCGUCUUGCUGAUAGUCGUCUCGAUCAUUUCAAGAAUCACACCCAAUGACAAUCCUCCUUGUCCCGCUCAAGUUUUUUUUAAGGUGACUGGUUUUAGAUAAAAAAGUCUUACGUCGGGUUAAAUGCUUUCUAACAAAGGCGAUUCUAUACUUAAAUUUUAAACUCGAGAUCUUUAAUUAAGGAUGACGGAGUAAUUACUACUUUAUAUACCACAAUUCUUGUUGGUCUCGCCUGCUAGCUCUAGAUAUAAUUCCCAAUAGAAUGCUAACUCGCUUUGUCAUGAUUUUUUUUUUCUUCUUUGUUUUUGCUUAUUAACUUUUAUAUUUGCUCUCCAGGAGUACCUAGCUAUUGCGUACUUCAAUGUGAGGAAAAGUCUUUUAGAGGGUUAGGAGGUAUUUGUAGUAAUUUUUAGAUGGUGUAUUAGUGUAAAAAAUCUUUUGCGCUUUGUCAAUGUAUAAAAGUUAUAUUAUUUUCUUAUCAUACCUUUGUUCUACCCGCGGUC